AUGAGUUCCAAUACGCACAAGUUGUCACAACAUUCCAAUAAUCUCGAGAAAGAGAAUCUGCCAACAGAUCGAGACCAUACACAAAAUGAUGAUUCUCAUCAUAAAAUAGUAACAACUGUCAAAGAAAAGCUAUCGGAUGCUGUUCACACGACAGCUCAGAAACUUAAUCUUGAACCACGUGAGCGACAUCCGGAAGCAUAUCAUCAAGAUGGAAAGACCAAUCCAGAAGUUUCCUUUAUUAAAUGA